AUGAUUUGUACAACUUGGGGCCGACAAGAAGAUAUCGUUGGGGAUUUGACCCAAAUCUUACAGGAUGUGGGAUACCAAGAUGCUCUACCGGACUUCGAGGUGCUCCAGCGACAAUUAGUGCUCAAUGGUACUGUGACCGAGUAUCUGCGCAACAUGGGUGGAGUCACGGCUCUCAUGGCUUGGAACGGCAACAGGCUUACUGGCAUUGAUCCCAAUGAACAAUGGAUCAUAGAGCUUAAAGCCUGGAUGGAAGCCUCUCUUUUGCAAGCAAGAUACAUGAUGUCAAGUAUUCUGCUCAAGCCGCAAGCUCCUUCAGACGCGCUCCAAUACACCCAGACAUCUAAGUAUUGUAGUCGUAUCAUGUUCCUCGACGGGAACUACACCAAUUUCGACUUCAUACAGCUUUUGAUCAUAGUAUGCUGUUUCGUGUUACUCUGCGCUUUAAGUUUCGAAUCGGGACUUUUAGCCGCCGCGAGGCAACUGUGCACAUUUUGCGGUAAUGUUAUCGGCGGUGCAGCAGUUGCUUUAGGAGAAAUGAGACAACCGGUCUUGAAGCAUCUCCAGGCAGCCCGCUGGUCAGCUUCAAGGCCACUCUGGCCAUGGCGUCGAGGACCCUCUGUACAGGCCUCGAUCGGAGGAAUAUGGCUUGGGCGAAGUCAGCGCUACUCCAGCAGCUUCGAGUGUGGGCGUGGCCUUGGUCCUUAG